AUGUCGGCCGCCUCCGGGGAGGCGACCCGCUUCACCAAGCGGGUCCUCGUGACGGGCGGCGCUGGUUUCAUUGCAUCACAUGUAAUUCUGUCUCUAGUAGAAAAUUACCCAAACUAUAUCAUCAUAAAUCUAGAUAAGCUGGACUAUUGUGCAAGUCUGAAAAACCUUGAAACCAUAUCUAACAAACAAAACUACAAGUUUAUAAAGGGUGACAUUUGCGAAGCUCCUUUUGUAAAACAUCUUUUUGAAACAGAGAAAAUUGACAUAGUACUACAUUUUGCGGCACAAACCCAUGUAGAUCUCUCAUUUGUUCGCACUCUCGAGUUUACCUAUGUGAAUGUUUACGGCACCCACGUUUUGGUUAGCGCUGCCCAUGAAGCCAGAGUGGAGAAGUUUAUUUACGUCAGCACAGAUGAAGUAUAUGGAGGUAGCCUUGAUCAGGAAUUUGAUGAGUCUUCACCCAAACAACCUACUAAUCCUUAUGCAUCAUCUAAAGCAGCUGCAGAAUGCUUUGUUCAGUCUUACUGGGAAAGAUAUAAGUUUCCAGUUGUCAUCACAAGAAGCAGUAACGUUUAUGGACCACAUCAAUAUCCAGAAAAGGUUAUUCCAAAAUUUAUCUCCCUAUUACAGCACAACAGGAAAUGCUGCAUUCAUGGUUCAGGGCUUCAGAAAAGAAAUUUCCUUUAUGCCACGGAUGUAGUGGAAGCAUUUCUCACUGUCUUAAAAAAUGGGAAGCCAGGUGAAAUUUAUAACAUUGGAACCAAUUUUGAGAUGUCAGUCGUCCAACUUGCUAAAGAGUUAAUCCAAUUGAUAAAAGAGACCAGUUCAGAGUCUGAAACUGAAAACUGGGUUGAUUAUGUUAAUGACAGACCAUCCAAUGAUAUGGGGUACCCAAUGAAAUCUGAAAAAAUGCAUGGAUUAGGAUGGAGACCUAAGGUGCCUUGGAAAGAAGGAAUAAAGAAAACAAUUGAAUGGUAUAGGGAGAAUUUUCACAACUGGAAGAAUGCAGAAAAAGCUUUGGAUCCAUUUCCUGUCACACAGCCUUUCAUCCAGUGAGGGACUUGGGGGAAAACCAAGUGAUUCUACCUCCAAAGAUGAAAGUCUGCACCCCAGAGUCACCCAAACCAUCAUUUCUCUGGUUGGGAGGAGAUGCAAGUCUUUUUGGACAAAUACUCAAAGACAGAGUGGUCUCUGGAAUCCUAUGAAUACAUGAAGUAUAUUUCAAUUAUUCAAUUGAUUAUUCAAUUGAUUAUUAACAAUUUGGUUUACUUCUAUAAUGUUAAUGAAGCUUUUUAAACUUUUAAAAAGUGAUGUUUUUCAUAAAUUCAACAUGAAUAUGAGAAGAAUAUUUUUACAUUUUCAAAACAGUUUGUUAGCUGUAUGCAUAUCAAGUUAAAAUUUGAUCACCUUGAAUGAGAGAAAAACUAUAGCAUUUUACAUAAUUUUAAUUUAUAACACUCAGUUGUCUUUCAGCUUAUUAAUUUAAAAAAUGUACUGCAGUUGGGGUGUGUGAUGUCUGUACUAUCUAUGAGCUCGUUGUUGGGCGGGGAUUAUCUCUGUUGCUGAAUUAUACUUUCCAAGCGCUUAGUACAGUGCUCCGCACACAAUAAGAGCUCAACAAAUACAAUUGAGUGAAUAUAUCUUCUCCUUAGUUUUUCAUUACUGAAGUGUACAGUAUGCACUACUAAAUAUGCAUAGGUUGGAAAACUUGAAUGUUUAAUGGCCUAAUUAUAAGUGUAUAAUGAACUUAUGAAAAGAAAAAUAAAAUAUUAUUAUUAUUAUUAUUAUGGUACUUAAGUGCUUACUAUGUAUCAAGCACUGAUCUAAGCGCUGGAGGCGAUACAACUUAAUCAGGUUGGGCACAGCCUCUGUCCCACGAGACUCGUAGUCUAAGUAGGUUGGAGAAAAUAUUUCAUAGGAAACAAAGUUAAUUAUAUAUUUAGGAUAAUUUUUGAUCAUAAAAAGCAUUCCACUUUCUUAAAUGUAGAUUUAUUUGUAAAUUGUAUUUUUACUAUGUUCAAAUAUUUUUGUGUGACGUUACAGUUGGGUACUUUCUUGUAACAUUUUAAUAUUCUAAUUUCUAAAGUUCAUAUAAAAUUAUUAAAGCAUUUAAAAAUAUA